AUGAGCCAAUGCCCAUCUUCGAAUCUCCUCAUAGAGAUCGAAGAAUUGGGUAGCGGUUCACACAAGGAUGACGUCCCCGUAGGCGAUGAUGUCUACAUUGCUAACGAGGGUUUGGCCGAGGAGUGUGAUGACACUCCUGAUUUGAUUGGCUACAUCUAGAUCCGGCCAGCCACCGUAACAGCAGCCACGGCUGCCUCUCUCACUGCCUCAUCAACGAGCACUUCAUCGAGGGGACUAGAUAGCAUCACUGUCUAGCGUCCAUCUCGAGAUGCAAUUCCUGCACCACAGCCAGACACCACAGCAGCUAGAGAGAUCACCCCGGCACCGAGGACGACUAUGUCCACAUCUUCACCUAUGACAUACGAUUCUUUUUGCACGUCAAUCUUCUACACCUAUGUGAAGAUCAACGGACACACAUGCAAGGUGAUUGUGGACAGCAACAGUUGCAUCAAUGUUGUGUUAGACCAGGUCUUGUAGAGGGCAGGGUUGAGUACUAUCAGCCAUUCAGCUCCUUACAACGUAUCGUGGAUAGACGCCACCACACUACCUAUUCGUCGAUAGUGCCAGGUGCCACUUAGGGUGAGCACCUAUGAUGAGCACAUCUUGUGUGAUGUACUUCCGAUGAAAAUCGACGGUAUCAUACUUGGAUGGCCCUAGUUGUUUGACUAUGACAUCCAACUCAUGGGAAGAGCAAACACUUGCUCUUUCAUGUAUCGAGAUCGCCGACUUGUUUGAUAUCCGCAUACCAACAAGCCUGCGCCGAAGCGUGACCUUAAGUCACGUAUUGGGUUAAUCAUGAUGAAGGGACCUGUCUUUCAACACGAGAUCACGUUAGACAUAGAUGAAUCCCUGACAUGCUUCGCUUUUACUUUGGAUAUGCGAGAUGACACGACCCUUACCCCGCCUUCUCCAGAAGUCGAGGGUAUAUUAUCGGAGUACGCCGACAUACUCCCAGAGGAGCUUCCCAGAGAGCUGCCUCCAUUGAGGCACAUUCAGCAUGCUAUCGACUUGGUUUCUAAAGCAUCACUCCUGAACCUGCCGCACUAUCGCAUGGAGCCGGCCAAGUACGAGGAGCUUAGUCGACAGGUACAUGAGCUUUUGGACAAGGGACUCAUCCAACCGAGCCUUAGUCCUUGCGCCAUACCUGCAUUACUAGCGCCGAAGAAAGAUGGCACUUGGCGCAUGUGCUGCGACAAUCUUGCGAUUAAUAAGAUAACGGUUAAAUACCAUUUUUCGAUCCCAGAAUUACAAGACUUAUUCAACAUGAUGACAAGAGCCACUAUCUUUUCAAAGAUAGAUCUACAUAGUGGUUAUCAUCAAGUCAAGAUACGUUUAGGGGACGAGUGGAAGACCGCCUUCAAGAUCAAGGAGGGCCUGUACGAGUAGAGGGUCAUGCUAUUUGGCCUCUCCAACGUGCCCAGUACGUUCCAGAGGCUAAUGAACGAGGUUUUACGCCCAUUCAUUGGCAAGUUUGUCGUAGUAUACUUCGACAACAUCUUGGUCUACAGCGGUACCUGAGACUCCCACCUCCAGCACUUAUGACAGGUGUUUGAGGCACUUCGACAGGAAAAGCUUUAUGCCUAUCCUAAGAAGUGUAGUUUCUUCACUUCUGAGGUUACGUUCCUCGAUUUUGUCAUCUCCGAGCGAGGAGUUUCCGCGGACCCCAAAAAGGUCCGCGCGAUAGUCACCUGGCCACGCCCAGACAGCAUGCAUGCCAUCCGGAGCUUCAUUGGACUAGUGACGUUCUACCGUCGCUUCAUUGGGGACUUUAGUUCCGUUACCACUCCGCUUACUGAUUGCCUUAAGAAGGAGACCUUCCUUUGGACAGAGGCAAUUGAACAGGCCUUCGAUCGGGUGAAGGCUCUUAUCACUCAGGCACCGAUACUUCGCCUACUCGACUUUGGCAAGGUAUUUGAGGUCGCAUGUGACGCCUCGGGUGUCGGUAUUAGGGGUGUCCUUAGCCAGGAAGGACAUCUCAUAAAGUACUUUAGGGAGAAGCUGAAUGACGUGAGGCUUAGAUACUCCACUUACGAUCGUGAGUUCUACACCGUCAUUCAGGCUCUCAAACACUGGCGUCAUUACCUCCUUUAUAAGGAGUUUGUGCUCUUCUCGGACCAUGAGGCCUUGAAGUAUCUACACUCUCAGCGGAAGCUGAGCAAUCGAUACACACGAUGGGUCAAGUACUUGUAGGACUUCACCUUCGUCCUUCGCCACAAGAAGGGCAAGGAGAACAUGAUGGUAGAUGCCCUCAGCCGACAAGUCCACUUGCUGAACCUUGUGAAGGUUCAGGUGACAAGAUUUGAGUCCCUACUAGAUUCUUACGCAGAUUGCCCGGACUUCAGCCACAUUCUACGAGCACUCUCAGAUGGUCCAUCUUGAGAUCAUAAGGACUUCCUUGUGGCCAACGGAUGUCUGUUCUUUAGGAGCAGACUGUGCAUUCCAUGCACAUCCCUCCGUGACUUUCUCACUUGGGAAUGCCACGUAGGAGGUCUAUUCGGCCAUUUCGAUUGCGAUAAGACCAUCGCAGUGGUCGAGUACUAGUUCUACUGGCCAACCCUCAAGCGCGAUGUAAGGAACAUUGUCGCUUAGUGUCAAGUGUGCGCACUCACCAAGCAGGUAAAGAAGAAUGCUGGACUCUACACGUCACUUCUAAUGUCGACCCGCCCAUAAGACGACGUCAGCAUGGACUUCGUUUUGGGACUCUCGCGCACUGCACGACAACACGACUCGAUCAUGGUGGUCGUCGAUAGGUUUUCAAAGAUGGCACACUUCGUGCCAUGUUCGAAAACCUCUGACGCCUCCAAGGUCGCUAGCCUUUACUUUAGAGAGAUUGUGCGUCUUCGUGGACUACCCAAGUCCAUAGUCUCAGACCGUGACGUAUGGUUUACUAGUCACUUUUGGAGGACUCUUUGGAGUUUACUUGGGACUAAGCUCAAGUUCUCCACUACUUACCAUCCACAGACUGACGCCCAGACUGAGGUCGUCAAUUGUAGCUUAGGGAAUCUACUUCGGUCAUUAGUCGGUGAGAGUUUGACCACUUGGGAUCUGAUCAUACCACGCGCCGAGUUUGCCUAUAACUCCUCGACCAACCGUACCACUAGCAUGAGCCCCUUCGAGAUCGCACACGGCUUAGCACCCUACAAGCCCCUAGAUCCAGUACCCUUAGACCAUCAUAUUAGAGUUUUCGAGGAUGGUGUUGCAUUCGCCCAGCAUGUUAGUCAGAAUGCAUUGUACAAGCAGGCUGCCGAUAUGCAUUGUCGACCCCAGAUCUUCCAAGUGGGAGACCAUGUUAUGGUGAGGAUGAGGCCUGAGUAUUACGCUCCUGGCUCUACUACAAAGCUUCACGCUUGUAGUGCCGGCCCGUUUCGUGUUCUUUCCCGAAUAGGCAAGAACGCCUAUGCCGUCGACAUCCCUCCUUCGUGGGGGAUUAGCUCCACGUUCAACGUGAUGGAUCUAGCGUCGCAGCAAGCCCCACCUCUUGCAUCUGACAUCGAGCCCUCAUCUACUGGCCCCUUCUCUAAGAGAGAGUUUGCCAUGGAGUCUACUCCCCCCAUUUUACCUCCUGAUUGGCAUGAGCGAGUCGAGAAGAUUCUUCGGGAGGUAAUUGACUUUAUAGGGGACGGAGUUUCGUGGAGAUUCCUAGUACGUUGGCAAAGUCACCUGUCAGAGGACGAUGCUUGGAUUUCAGAGGCAGACCUGGAGCGACUACGACUAGACCUGCUGGAGCCCCUGCCUUCCCCACUUGCCAACUCAUCAGAGUCGAGUUCUUUUGACCCCGGGAGGAUUGACGGCGAGUGGGACCCAUCUCCAUCAGCUCAGGAGACACCGGCAGUCCGAGUUCAUCUCGAUCAACGUGUGAAGACGAAGGAGCCUGGCUUUCGCUACACAGCCUAG